UUUGCAACAACUUAUUUAUGUUUUUCCCAACCCGAAUCCUGGAAAACAAUAAAGGAAAAGAAUUUGAAGGGGGGGGGGGAAGCAUUAAUUAAUAAAGCUGCACAGAAAGGAGGAAGAAGGAAUAAAAACAAGAUCCACCUGGAAUCCCUCUGUUCUGCUUUGUGGCUAUUAUUUUGUGGGUUGAACAAGAAAAAUAAUGAGGGAGGAAGAACCGAAUUGGUUCUCGAGAUGGGAGGAAGAGCUGCCGUCCCCGGAGGAGCUGAUGCCUCUUUCCCAGACCCUAAUCACGCCUGAUCUUGCUCUCGCCUUCGACAUUCGUAACCCGAAUCAAGACUACCGGAUUCCGCCUCCGCCUGCUGCUGCUCUUCCUCUUACGUCCUGUGCGGCUCUGCAGGCUCCUUCUAUGCCCACCUCUUCCGAAUUAGCCUCCGAUUCCGGGGACUUGGGCUCCGGUGGUGCCGGAGACGAGCCCGCGCUGACUCUCAAGAGGCCUCGACUCGUGUGGACCCCACAGCUGCACAAGAGAUUUGUCGACGCCGUGGCUCACUUGGGGAUCAAGAACGCCGUCCCCAAGAUCAUAAUGCAGUUGAUGAGCGUCGAUGGUCUGACCAGGGAAAACGUCGCCAGUCAUUUGCAGAAGUAUCGCCUCUAUUUGAAGAGGAUGCAGGGCUUAUCAGGCGGACCCGGCGGCCGUUCCAACGGCGGAGCUGGCAGUGCCGCCACGACUGAUCCGGCUACCGACCAUUUGUUCGCAAGCUCGCCGGUUCCACCCCACUUCCUUCAUCCUGGUAGGAGUAAUUCGGAGCAUUUCUUGCCGAUUGUGCCAGUGCCAGGGCUGCAGCAUCACCACCAGCAACACCAGAUGGUGGCGGCCGCUGUAGGACAUCCGCAUUUGCAGGCUCAGUAUCAUAGGCAGUUGGGGCAUUUCGGGUCAUCGCCAAAUGGCCAAUUCGAGCAUCCCUUAUUAGCUAGGCAGACGCAGCAACCACUGCAUAGGAUGGGAGGGGCGCCAUUGCAUAACCAAGUUCCCAGUAGCCAUCUACAAGAUUUGGAAUCUGCCAACGGGAAUGGUGGAAGGAAGGUUCUCACUUUAUUUCCAUCCGGAGAAGACGAUUGAUUCGCACUCAUCGCCACUCCAUUUCUUCCACUUCUUUAUGUUGAUUAGUCUUUUAUCCUAUUUCAUCAUGUAGCAUGUUGGCGGGUGUUAUCAUUUUAGUGAUCUUGAGGGGCUGGUGGUAAUUGGCAAAUGAGUAAAAUUUAAUCCAAA